UGCGCCGUACUUUUAUAUUACUGGCUUUUAUAUACCUUUUCGUCUCCAGACUUCGUCGGUUUAGUGAAAGUUAAAGUUGAUCGAUUCCGAGCCUGGUGAUGUUGCUGUCCGUCCACUCCGCGGUGUUUUUGGGCAUCCUGCUGUUCAGCGUGACGGUAUGGGGUGUCCGACGGGGCAUCGUUCAUAAUUGCGAGGAUUAUUAUAUUGAGGUUCGCAUUCCUCGCGCCAUGGUCACAGAGCCGCUGAAAAUUGUCGGUGAGCAUGGCUAUGCAUUCAAGGUACGCAAGAUUGCACGACAUUGUGGAUAUACACUGACCUCUGGCCAGGAUGACAUGUUGGUGUUCCGGGCUACUUACUAUGCCUGCUUUAUUAAGAAGGAGCAAGGUUUCUACAGUCUUGAGUUAAAGGUGGGGUCAAUAAGGGUCCCAGUAAUUUGUGAGCUUGGCCAUGACUUGGUGACAAAUUAUACUACCUGGGUCUCCCUGAAUAGCUCCAGGGCUCCGGAAUCAAAAAUGGUCAUAAGUACAUCUAGAAAUAUACAGACAACAAACCAGACAAAUUCCAGUAUCUCAAGAGAUCUGAGUUUUAAUCUACAGUGUGGAGAGCCUGAAGUCUCGGAAGCCGCAUGUGUACGCAUGGGUUGCGCUUAUGAUUUAGCGAAAGAUGGUUCAUCCUGUUUCUACAAAAAUACUGGUUGUUCAGCUGAUGGACAUUUUGUAAUAGUGGUGAACAGAAACUAUACAAAACCUCCGCUCAGUCUCUCAACUCUGCAUAUAUCCAGUGGUCAAGCAGUACAGUGCCAAGCUAGAAGGAUGACCUCAGACUUGGCAGUUCUCCAUUUCCCUGUGAACCAAUGUGGAAGUAAAAAGCUGACCCUAAAAGACCGUAUCGUCUAUCAAGUAGAAGUCGUUGCUAAGAGGGAAAUUCUCAUUUCCAGCAACUUCUCCAUUACACUGGACAGCAACUUUAGAUUCUGGCUAAGCUGUUCAUACAAAGCUAGUGGAGAUGUAGCUAUGCAAAGCUUUGUGAACCCCAUGACCUUCCUUGAACCCAUCUCGGAGAAAGGGAUUGUUCAGCUGCAACUUAAUUUUGCUAGAGACAGGUCAUAUACUUCCUGGUUUAAUACGGCAGAGUUUCCUCUUACCCGAUUUCUUCAAGAACCACUUUUAUUUGAGGUCCGUCUUGUCCAUCAUGAAGACCCUAAUGUGGAGCUCCUUUUGGACAGCUGCUGGGUGACCUCUGAUCCAAAUCCAGCAUAUGAGGUUUGGUGGCCUCUUCUUGAAAAUAGCUGUCCUGUUCUGGGUGAGAACUAUCUGCCUCUUCUCCAUGAAGUGCACAUGGCCCAAAAGGUAAAAUUUCCUUCUCACCACAAGAGACUAGAGAUGAAGAUGUUUGCUUUUGUUAACCACACAAGUGGAAUUCCCUUGAACCAACAGCUUUUCUUCCACUGCAGUGCAAUGCUUUGUUCAUCCAUCAGGGGGAAUCAGUGCUCCAAAAACUGCAGCCACAACUCGUAUGAGUCCUAUACCCAUAGAAUGAUCAAAAGGUCCCACAUCUCUUCAGUGCUGGUUUCAUCCCAGGGUGCAGUGCUGCUUGUGCAACAGGAAGAUUCUCUUAAUGUGCAUAAAACCAGUUCAUCUCUGCACUGGAGGACUGGGUUUGUUCUUCAAACAUCUGCUGUUCUGUUCUUUGUGGUUGGUAUUGUUGGAGCACUGCUGGUGGCGAAGAAAUUCGCUCAGAAAUUCUGUUCCAGAUUAAUAGUUCAGACUCCUCAGUUAUAUUCUUAAAUGUAGUGUAAAAGUGGCACACAUCUCAAAUGACAUUAUGGAAAAUUGGAAUAGUGAAUUGUAUUCCAAGAAGUAGUAAUCACAUAAGCAGUGGAUAUGCACUUGGCAAGGUUUGAUGUUUAAGGUGAUUGAGGGCGUCAUGGGAUGUUUGUCCAAGGCAUCUUUUGCUAAUACUAAAUGUUUGUUUCUUUAAUGUAUUUUUAUUUGUAUUGACUUUGUUCUUUGCUUAUGUUAUCCACUGUUUUGUAAAGAGAGCUGAAUUGCUAUAAAAGAAUUAUAUCCAGA